GGGACAGGGGGGGAGAUGCCCUUCAGUGAUUGGCCGAUCAAUCCCUAUUUUCUGAAAAUACCACCUUAAUAAACAUGUCGCUGGGAGAAUAGGCAAUGCGAAAAUUAGAAGGAUACCGGGAUACAUAGAUAGGUCUGGCUUUGUGGAGUUUUUGGGUGGAUGUGAAAUGUCACGGAAAGCGAGUAUUUUUGGGUUUUAUUUUAUGCGGUUUAUUGAGAAUUUUAGUACUAAGGAAAAGAUUAAAGACUGCCCAUGCGCCUUUGGCAUUUAUGUUUUUUUCAGUGCUGGUCGGACAUCAAAUACAAGCUGCUUUCGCUGUCAAAAUCAUCACCUGGCAGGCCAUUAGGUUUAUUCAGAAGCACAGUAGCUUAUAUUGAAAAAUGUCCCUUUGAAAUAUAAGAAAAAGUUGCAAUCCAUAAUCAUACGAAACAGCGAACAAUGUCGAGUCAUUCUGAAUGUCUCCAAGAGUGGAAGAGCCUGGAGACAGAGUAUCAGCAAGUGCAGGAGACCCACAGGUUGUACAAGGAGAAGCUGGAGGAGGUAUCCAGACUGCAGGAAGCGUGCUCCGUCUCCAUCGCCCGGCAAAGGAAAAAACUGAAAGAAAUAUCAUACCUGCUGACAAAGGGGGUGAAGUCAGAUGAUGCUGGUGAUAUAGACAAAAUCCAGGCAUUAAUAAAGGAAAGGUCAAAUGUCUUUUUUGAAAUGGAAGCCUUUCUGCCAAAGAAGAAUGGACUGUGUCUCAGUUUCGUCCUUGGCAAUGUAAAUGUCACUCUCCUGAACAAGCAGGCCAAGUUUGCCUAUAAGGAUGAGUAUGAGACCUUCAAGCUGUGCUUCACCAUCCUCAUUCUGCUCUUCGCCUUCACCUGCUGCUUCAUUGUCAGUAACAGAAUAGUGGAUGCCAUUUUAAAUUUCUUGCUGGUGUGGUACUACUGCAUUCUGACUGUCCGCGAGAGUGUCCUCAUCAGCAACGGGUCCAAGAUUAAGGGCUGGUGGGUGUUUCACCACUACAUCUCCGCCUUCCUGUCUGGGGUUAUACUGACCUGGCCAGACGGAAAUCUUUACCAGGUUUUUAGGAAGCAGUUCCUCGCCUACUCAUUAUAUCAAAGCUUUGUGCAGCUACUUCAGUACUACUACCAGAAUGGCUGCCUUUACCGGCUGCGGUCCCUGGGAGAGAGGCACACCAUGGACCUGACUGUAGAGGGCUUUCAGUCGUGGAUGUGGCGGGGGCUGGGCUUUCUCUUGCCCUUCCUGUUCUUCGGUCAUUUCUGGCAGCUGUACAACGGACUGUCCCUUUUUAGGAUGGCUCUUCUCCCAGAGUGUACAGAUUGGCAGGUCGCUGUGUGUGGCUCAACUUUCCUUGCUCUCUUCUCGGGGAACUUCUUAACCACGAUUGCUGUCGUCCACCACAAGUUUCAGACAAAGAACCAGGCAAAAGUAAAAAAGUAACGAGAGACAAAAAAAUGAGUCUGGAUGACCCUAAUCAUAUUAUAUUUGAUUCUUUAUUUAAUGUUUAAUUCUGUGCACUGUCCGCUAUGUAAAGCAAAAAUAAAGCGUUUUUGGCACUUUUGUAGCAGCCACAUUAUUGAAAUGCAGUUUGUAGUCAAACUGAAAGUUACAAGGGUGGUGCACACACAGUAAAGUACUGACAGGAAUAUAUGUACAAUAAUACUGUGCAAAUUAUGUUUAUCACCCUGCUAAUGUUAUUAACUAUGUAAUAACUGGCGUACACAAAAUAAAAAGCUGAAGGGCUGCCAGAGAAGAGCUCGGGCACCUGGAACGUGAUGCGUUCGUGUUUGCCUGGUGCAUGGAGAAAGGCUGAAAUGAAGGUGUGCUCGUCAGGGCCAGCAGAGCGCAAGGUGUGACGUCUGAGUGACAAGCCGAGUCUUGAGAACGGAAACCGUUCCAGAAACUCCAGUAUUUAGUGCCAAAUUAUGUUUUUUUGGCAGCGCCCAGGGCCCCAAUAAUCCUAGUGUUUCCAUUUUUGCCCAUAAGGGUGAAAUUAAGUGGAAGGUUUAAUUAUGUGAA